CAAGCCCUCCCCUGCACUGACGCCGCGGGCAGGGAUGGAGAGCCAGCUGCUGCUCUGGGGAAAGCCCACUGCCUUCCUCGGGGCUCCUGUCUUCUGUGGUGUCUCGAGCUGAGGAAGCCAAAAAGCUAUGGCUGCACCAUCUUAUUUGGGACCUGCUGGAGGUGACUUGAGGUGCUGAAGGCAAAGCUCCCCCAGCUGAGGAAAGGGGAUGGCACCUCGUCCCCAUCUGCAUGGGGCUCACCCAAGGCAUCUGCAGUCACCCACGAUCCACACCGAGCUGCUUUGGGACAAAGGGACAUGGCCACCUGCAACUGAACCAUGGAUAUCAGCCCUUCUGUGCUGCUGGGGACAAGGAUGGAGAGGGAUGCAUGUGACAGUGACACCUGCAUCCCCAGGAGAGCCUGGAGGCGCACAGAGGGCAGGAUUACACCAGGGCUGGCACUUCCUUUGGGAUGCUUUGUGGAAGCAUGCCAGCCAAGCAGGGUGACCUGUCCUGAGGAGGGAGCCCUUCCUCUCUGGAGACCGUGGCUGCCCCGAGCGCAGGAGGGACCCGCGCCGCGGCGGGAGGAGAUGGACGCUGCUCGGGCAGCGGAGGGGCACGGCGGUCCCAGCAAAGCGCUGGCGUUCUUCCAGCACCCGGUGAGGCUCCUCUGGCCCAAGUCCAAGGCCUUUGACCACCUCUACAACGUGGGGGAGAAGCUGCUGGAGAACUUCCCGGUGCAGGCCACCCUCUGCUUUUAUGAGGACUCGGGCAGCGAGGAGGAGGAGGAGGAGGAGGAAGAAGAAGAGGGGGAUGAUGAAGAGGAGGAGGCGACAGGGGAUGUGACCGCGGGACACCCGCGGAAUGCUGGCAGCCCCAGCAGGCCGGCGUGAGGCAAGAGGCAGGCAGGGGAAGGCAGACGGCGCUGCGUGCGGCAGCGGGGCCGGACCCGCCCGGAGCCCCGGCCAACCCCCGGGGCCGCCCCCGGGCCGCGCCCGCGCUCCGCCGCACCACGGCGGGGCUCAGGACUACGACUCCCAGCGGCCACCGCGGCACCGCCCGGCAGCCGCAGCCCGCUCUGAUUGGCUGUCGAGCCAUCCCGAGCAGGGCGAGGAGCGUGUGGCCCCGCCCACACUCCCGCCCCGCAUCCCCAUUGCAAGAGGA